AUGAAUAUGUUUGAAGAUGAGAGUUUGAGCUUUCUCAAUUCAUUAGAGCUUUAUCCUUCAAUACUAAAGCAGUAUACUAGAUACCAAGUGCAGAAAAAGUUAGGGGAAGGAUCAUACGGGGAGGUUUGGCUAGCUUACGAUGCUUAGAAUCAAAUAGAUGUAGCAAUUAAGAUAUAUAAAAACCCUAAAGAUAGUGUCAAGAUUGCCUCUUCAAUUCUCUCAGAGAUAUCAAUUAUGAGAUAGUUGAGUUAAUCAAAGAAUCCUAAUAUGAUUCGAUUAUAUGAUAUCUUGACUGGGUUAGAUGACAAGGGAAAGCAUUAGAUUGCAGCAGUCAUGGAAUACAUUCCGAACACUCUAGAUGAACUAAUGAGAGAUCCAAGCAAUUUCGUUAAAAACCCAGGAUUAAUUGAGUCUAUUAUGAGAGAGCUGUUGACUGGCUUGAGUUUCUUACACCAGUGCGGAAUUAUUCAUAGAGACUUGAAACCAACUAAUAUUCUAUUUAAGCAAGAUUGCGAAGGUAGGAUUGUUCUUAAAAUAAUUGACUUCUCAAUCUCUAAAGUCAAAACAGAUGAGGGACUUGAGUUUCUAAACAACUUAUUCUACAAUCAAGUUUAUAAGUCCCCAUUUCAAGGAGAUUAUACCAAGGAAGUCACAACAAGGCCAUACAGAGCCCCUGAAGUAGCUAUGAUGGCCAGGCAUGAUUUUCAAGUUGACAUAUGGGCUGCUGGGUGCAUUUUAGCGGAAAUGCUUAUUUCAACCAUUGCAAUGAAGAGAUAAUUGCUUUUCCCUGCAAGAUAAUGCUAACCACUUUCACCUAAUAUGCUCAAUCCACAGUUAUCUAAAGAGUAGAGUUUGCAGCAGGUUGAGGAUCUGCUAGUUUUACAAAUCAAAUUUAGAGAACCUCUAUCAAUGAAUGAAUUUAAUUUCCUUGACAGUAAUCGAUAGAAAGAUUACGUGAGAAUCAUUUCAUAGAUAAGAACAAAUUACAAGAUAAAUUAUACUUUGUCAUAUUUUUAGUAGUUUGGAAGCCAGGCUUUUGACCUCCUAAAUGGUAUGUUAGCUUUUAACCCUAGUAAUAGAUUUGAUGCUCUUAAAUCCUUAAAACAUCCUUAUCUUACAGAAUCAGAUGAUGAUAUUGAGUCAAUCUUACAUUUGGCAUUAGCUGAUGGAAUAAAUUAAGUCAUAAUUUCAGACUAUCAUCAAAUUUUAAAAAGUAUUUAGAGUAUUGAAGGGAUUAAUAAGAUGAUAGUAAAGUAGUAAAGUUUACUUAAUAAAGUCAUUUGA